UUCUGGGUAAUUUUAGUUUUGGCUGUUGUUGUUCUGUUGAUGAUCGGUUGAUGUCUUUGGCCGUUGCUGGUCCGAGUUCCAGUAAUAUUAUGUAUAACGACAAGGGCUCUGCUGAGAAGAAGAGUCAUGAGGGUGAUGAGGAUGAUGAUAAUGAUCAGGACGACAGCAGUUUGCAAUUGGGUCCUCAGUAUUCUCUCAGGGAACAGCUUGAGAAAGAUAAGGAUGAUGAGAGCUUAAGGAAAUGGAAAGAACAGCUUCUUGGUGGUGUGGAUAUUAACAACAUUGGAGAAACACUUGAACCAGAAGUGAAUUUCCAAAGUGUGGCAAUAGUGGCUCCCGACAGGGAAGACAUAGUUCUUGCAAUCCCCGUAGAUGGAAAGCCCCCUGGCUUAUGGUUUACACUGAAAGAAGCGAGCCAUUAUCGCCUCAAAUUCUCUUUCCAAGUCAGCAACAACAUCGUAUCUGGUCUGAGGUACACCAACACUGUCUGGAAAACUGGUGUCAAAGUCUACAGCACGAAAGAGAUGAUCGGAACUUUUAGUCCUCAGUUGGAGCCUUACACACAUGAAAUGCCUGAAGAGACUGCCCCUUCUGGGUUAUUGGCUAGAGGAUCAUACACAGCUAAAUCAAAGUUCCUUGACGAUGAUAACAAGUGCUACUUGGAGAUCAACUACACAUUUGCUAUCCGAAAAGAUUGGGGUUCUGCUGAAUAGAUCAGAACAGCAUUUGAUCAUCAAAUGCCAAGCACAUUUCAUUGUUUAUCAUGCCUAUUUUCAAUAUAUAUUCAGUUUCAGACAAUUUUUUUUUUCAAGCAGCUAGUUUUGUUCCCCCACAAUAAACACAAGUGAUGAGAUGAGAAAGGUUUCACUUGGAAAAUUUAAGGGUUUAUCAUGAUUAUGAGCAAAUUGGUUUUAAUUAGCGUGUUUUUGUUUAUUAGGGACAUUCUUUUCAUAAUUAAUGAUGUCUUCAACUCUAGAUAUUGUUCUU